GACAAGGACAAUCGCAACAAACACAAAAGCAUCACUACUAUUUCAUCCAAAGCACAAGAGUUCGCGAAUAUACUGAACCAAGUGGUAAAUAAAAUGGGUUUCAGGUUUUGGCAGUUGCAAGCAACUGUCCUUUACCUGUUAGUAGCAACUAGUUUCGCUCAUGAGGAAUUACGCACUUGUGAAGACAACGAUUACUUUGUAUGUUUAAACAGCGCCACGACCAAAUAUUCAAGCAACGGUGAAAUUUGGGUACGAGGAAACAUUGAAUUCUCAAAACAGUCGGGUUUAGAGCGUCCAGAACCUCAACGGUAUUAUGAUUAUGUUGAUCGCACAGAAUCUCGAGACUAUUCAAAUCGGGCUAACAACCGUGAAGUUAAACAGCGUGCUGUUAACCAACAGGAGCGACUAGAAAACGUUAGACAUUUGGAUAACCACGAAGAACAGCACGAAAUUACAAUGCACUUUGAUAACCGACAGGAGUCACAAGAAAUUACAAGACGUGUUGAUGACCGUCAGGAACGACGAGAAACUUCAAUGCGCCGCGAUGAACAGCCAGAACGACGGGAGAUUACAAGACGUGUUGAUGAUCGGGAAGAACGACGAGAAACUUCAAUGCGCCGUGAUGAACAACCAGAACGACGAGAGAUUACAAGACGUGUUGAUGACCGCGAGGAACGCCGAGCCAUUGAAAUGCGUCUAGAUGACCGACAGGAACAACGAGAGAUUUCAAGACGUCUUGAUGAUCGUGAAGACCGACGAGAAACAUCAAUGCGGCGUGAUGAACAACCAGAACGACGAGAGAUUACAAGACGUGUUGAUGACCGCGAGGAGCGCCAAGCCAUUGAAAUGCGUCUAGAUGACCGACAGGAACAACGGGAGAUUUCAAGACGUGUUGAUGAUCGUGAAGAACGACGAGAAACAUCAAUGCGCCGUGAUGAACAACCAGAACGACGAGAGAUUACAAGACGUGUUGAUGACCGCGAGGAGCGCCAAGCCAUUGAAAUGCGUCUUGAUGACCGACAGGAACAACGAGAGAUUUCAAGACGUGGUGAUGAUCGCGAAGAACGACGAGAAACUUCAAUGCGCCGUAAUGAACUACCAGAACGACGAGAGAUUACAAGACGUGUUGAUGACCGUGAGGAACGCCGAGCCAUCGAAAUGCGUCUAGAUGACCGACAGGAACAACUAGAGAUUUCAAGACGUGUUGAUGAUCGUGAAGAACGACGAGAAACAUCAAUGCGCCGUGAUGAACAACCAGAACGACGAGAGAUUACAAGACGUGUUGAUGACCGCGAGGAACGCCGAGCCAUCGAAAUGCGUCUAGAUGACCGACAGGAACAACGAGAGAUUUCAAGACGUGUUGAUGAUCGUGAAGAACGACGAGAAACAUCAAUGCGCCGUGAUGAACAACCAGAACGACGAGAGAUUACAAGACGUGUUGAUGACCGCGAGGAACGCCGAGCUAUUGAAAUGCGUCUUGAUGACCGACAGGAACAACGAGAGACUUCAAGGCAUGUUGAUGAUCGCGAGGAACGACGAGAAACAUCAAUGCGCCGUGAUGAACAACCAGAACGACGAGAGAUUACAAGACGUGUUGAUGACCGCGAGGAACGCCGAGCCAUUGAAAUGCGUCUUGAUGACCGACAGGAACAACGGGAGACUUCAGGACGUGUUGAUGAUCGUAAAGAAAGACGUGAAACAUCAAUGCGCCGUGAUGAACAACCAGAAGGACGAGAGAUUACACGACGUGUUGAUGACCGCGAGGAACGCCGAGCCAUCGAAAUGCAUGUAGAUGACCGACGGCAAAAGUCAAAGCGCUUUGAUGUCAGAGAGGAACAGAAUGAUAUUGCUAGGCGUAGUAGUCGUCAGGUAUGGCAUGAUCGUAUAGAAAGUCGUGAUGAUUCAUGGGUAGAGAGAAGUCGUUUAGAAAAUGAACCCUCAGAAAUUGUGGUACGUGAGCUUUCUCGUGGAAUUGACAUCCGAGUAUUUGAACAGUUGCAAAGGCAAUCUACUGCUAAUGAAGUGAAAUCCAGCCCACUGACCAGGACUAACGUAAAUUGGAAACAUGGAUACAUAUUACUUGGACAAGGAACAAUUUUGGCUUUUGCCCUAAUGAAGGCGCUAAAGGACUAUGAGUUUAAAAUAAAGAGAGUUUCACAUCAACACAUUGGUGAUUCAGCAUUUCUCAUAGGAUUUUAAAAAUACAUACCAGCUACCAGAAUGACGAACAAUGAAACCGAUUACUUGGCUUACGAAUUGUAAAUAAUAUAAAGUGUACCUAAAGCAAAUCUGCGAAAUCGCUGUGUUAACGAAAAUAAUGAAAAUAUUUAAUAAUAGAAAAAUAGUUAUAAAGUUGUUAUGGAUUAAAAUAAAAUAACUUGUAAUCAUCUGUUGUUAUUUAUUGUAGUAUAUGCAAGUGUAUAUAUUUAUAUAUAAAUGAAU